AUGCACCUACAAUCUGCUUCUGGAAGAGAAUUGAGCGAAUGUGUCUACGUUUCAGGAGGCUUCCCUAAGGAACGGCAGCAGCAGCCACAGCAGGACAUUGCUACAGGAUCGCUCUACAGCUGCCACUCGUGUGGCUACCAGACCAGGCGCAAGGACCACAUGGAGAACCACGUGCGUGUGCACACAAAAGAGCGGCCAUUCGCAUGCCGUCACUGUGGCUGGACGUUCAGUGACCCCUGCAACCAGCGGCGCCAUGAGCGUAAGCACACGGGUGCCUGUUACCGCUGUGUGAUCUGUUUUCGCACAUUCAUGCGCAAAAAGUACCUGACGGACCACCUGAAGACGCACUAG